AUGCACGGCAGUCCCAGGAAAUACGAUAAUUUCGAUAAGGUCCAAUUCAUAUCAGCAGAUCCGUGCGAGACUGCAGACCAGCUGCACAAAGCUCGUCACGAAGUUCUACAACGGUCGAACGGCCGAGAGUUGCGACUGUGUCCAUCGACUGGUGAAUGUGUCAGCGGAUCCUCUUGGGAACCUAAGGCUUUGUGGGCGGUUGUCAACGGAGGGCUUUGA